CGUUACAGCGAGGACGUUUACGAUUUUUAUGUGUUUUUUAAUUUAUUUCGAUACAGAAAAGUUUUCGUGGAAAAAUGUUGGUGCCAAGUGUAUUUCUAACUUAAAAAUAUUGUCUUAAAAGUGUUUUCAACGUGUAAAAUGCUUCACAAUGCCGUGUAUCGUAUCAAAUCACUUUCCGCGAGGGGCCUUCCACCUCCAGUCUUUAGCGGAACGAGUGAGUCGUGAUCAAGAACAGCUUCCAGUUCUGCCACCAUUACACAACACACCCAGAGAUGUUAACGUACCAGUGGUAUACGCUGAGAGUGCAGCAUGUUCCCGUAGUACCUAUUCGCCUCUUCAGGCUUUAAGUGAGAGUACUUGUCGGGACCAUGGCGCCCAAGCCGCGCCUGCUCCACCGCAGCCACUGCCAAGAAUGCAGGUGUCCAAUCAAAACGUCACCCUACACCCUGCAGUUGCAAGAUGUACAGCCUCCUUAGAGCUUGCUACCCUCUGGAGGAGUUUCCACGAACUCGGCACAGAAAUGAUAGUAACCAAAGCGGGCAGACGAAUGUUCCCCGCGUUGCAGGCGAGAUUAUCUGGUCUUUUACCCAAUGCCGACUAUUUGCUGCUAGUGGAUUUUAUACCGUUGGAUGAUAAAAGAUACCGGUAUGCAUUUCACAGUUCAAGCUGGGUCGUGGCGGGAAAGGCGGAUCCCGUGUCGCCCCCUAGGAUUCACGUUCAUCCCGAUUCACCGGCAGCCGGCGCACAUUGGAUGCGGCAACUUGUCUCCUUUGACAAGCUUAAGUUAACCAACAAUCAGUUAGAUGAUAAUGGUCAUAUAAUACUCAACUCAAUGCACCGCUAUCAACCCCGUCUUCACGUGGUCUACUUGCCUGGUGAAGGGCAAAGCGCGGCGCCGGGGACUGUGCCCUAUAGAACAUUUAUCUUCCCCGAAACAGGCUUCACGGCUGUCACUGCCUAUCAGAACCAUAGAAUAACGCAAUUAAAAAUAGCAAGUAAUCCAUUUGCGAAAGGGUUCCGGGAUUGCGAUCCAGAUGAUUGUCCACCAGACCAAAGCCCACAAAGGAAUGUGCCUCGGAGACGUGAGCCCCAACAAGCGGAGCCCUACUCAUUAGCGCAGCCUUACGCAGCUGACCCUAGCUCUAGUGGACCCUUGUACCCUGCGCACGCGCAUCCCGUCAGAUACCAGCCGCACGCGGGCCACAAUAGCGCCUACUCAGCAUAUUACGCCCAUAGAUAAACUAAAAUAAAACUAUAUUUAAGUAUGUGAUAUAGAUUAAAGACAGACUAAAAACACGUAUAAUACAUUAUUAAUCCAUAGAUCCAAUUUAAUAAACUUCAUAAACGAUUUCGAUAUAGGUAACUUAAAACUAAAAUCUAGCUUCAAGCUAUAAUAAUUGAGAAAAAUUGGACAAGUGACUAUUUUUAAACAAAUAAUGUAAACAAUUUUAUUGUUCUAUUAAAUUUGUCUUGUUUAUUCGCACUAUCAAACCAAAAUAUAUAUAUUGAAAGAUUCGGAAACAAGAUAGCACAAACUAUAACAAUCCUGUUUUUGACAUUCGGGAGACACACUUAGCGCCAAGCUCUUCAUAGUUUCUCAAUAUGUCAAGCUUAAUAAACGUUUUCGAUGUAUACUUAGGUAACUUAAAACUUAAAUCUAGGUUCGAGAUAUCAUAUAUAGAAUUGAGAAGUUUUUAUGAACUUAGACAAAGGACUGGAUCCAAAAAAAAUAAUUAAAUUGCAUAACUUAAGAAAAAAUAGGACAGGUUAUUAUAAAACAAAUAAUAAUAUAAAAAAAAUAUUGUUUAGUUUUAAGUUAAACAAGUUUGUCUCAUUUAUUCACAAUAUCAAACCAAAAUGUAAAUACUGAAAGAUUCGAAAACGAGACUUAGCACAAACUUUGACCCGUAUGAUAAUCCCACACGUUUUUGACAUACGGGAGUCACAAUAAGUCUCGUUUGGAGAAGAAGAAUCUUACUGUGUCGAUAGAAUUCGAGGCAUAUGCAAAACAAUGGUUUUGUUUGUAUUUUCGUAAG